AUGGAUCAGAACUUACCUCAGUUGUCGCCGGUGGCCGAAGUUUCACGUGAAGGAUCUCAGGAGCUGUCGGAGACCUUGACGCAGAAUCCAUCGAUGAUUUCUACUCUGAUGACAAUGGUUGAUAACAUCGAUCGUCGAUUCGAGGAAGAUGACUGGAGAAGGAAGAAAAAAGAGCAGAAAGGGAGAGCCUUUCUGCUACAGGACACGCUGGGUCGUCGAUGA